AUUGGUAUUUGGGGGCUUCCCCAUCGUGGGCAGGGGGAGAGCACUGAUUCACACACAUUGAGGAGAGAGGGAGAAUCUCAUUCUGUUGACAAAGUAAAACAAGACGAAUAACGGAUGCAAGGCUCCGCCUCCGUCACACCCAGCUGAAUCCAUUCGCCUUGCUUCCAUUCAUAUCAUUGUUGCUCGCUCCCUCUGUGAUCCGAUCUCUACUCAUGAGUUGCAGAGACGACAAUUCCGGUGGCCACUCCUCGACGUCUGCCGCCGGGAAAGACAAGGCCUCUGAUAAGCAGAAGGAGAAGGCCCGGGUGAGCAGGACUUCUCUCAUACUCUGGCACGCUCACCAAAACGACGCCGCUGCCGUCCGCAAGCUUCUCGAGGAGGAUCAGUCUCUUGUUCACGCCAGGGAUUAUGAUAGUAGGACUCCGCUUCAUGUUGCUUCUCUCCAUGGUUGGAUCGAUGUAGCCAAGUGUUUGAUUGAGUUCGGCGCUGACGUCAACGCCCAAGAUCGAUGGAAGAACACGCCUCUUGCUGAUGCAGAAGGAGCUAAAAAACACAGCAUGAUAGAGCUGCUAAAAUCAUAUGGCGGCUUGUCUUAUGGACAAAAUGGAAGCCAUUUUGAACCAAAGCCUGUUCCGCCUCCUCUUCCAAACAAGUGUGACUGGGAGAUUGACCCUUCCGAGUUGGACUUCUCAAACUCUAGUAUUAUUGGAAAGGGCUCUUUUGGUGAGAUUUUAAAGGCCUGUUGGCGUGGAACACCAGUAGCUGUGAAGCGCAUUCUUCCAUCUCUUUCAGAUGAUAGAUUGGUGAUUCAGGAUUUCAGGCAUGAAGUUAAUUUGCUCGUGAAGCUUCGUCACCCUAAUAUAGUCCAAUUUCUUGGAGCUGUCACUGAUAAGAAGCCGUUGAUGUUAAUUACAGAGUAUUUGCGAGGGGGUGAUCUUCACCAGUACCUCAAAGAAAAGGGCUCACUUAGCCCAUCAACAGCUAUUACCUUUGCCAUGGAUAUUGCCAGAGGCAUGGCUUAUCUUCACAACGAGCCAAAUGUCAUAAUUCACCGAGACCUAAAGCCAAGGAAUGUUCUUUUGGUCAACACCGGCGCCGACCAUUUAAAAGUUGGAGACUUUGGACUGAGCAAGCUCAUCAAGGUUCAGAAUUCUCAUGAUGUGUACAAAAUGACUGGUGAAACAGGAAGUUACCGAUACAUGGCUCCUGAAGUUUUCAAGCACCGGAAAUAUGACAAGAAAGUUGAUGUUUUCUCUUUUGCAAUGAUACUGUAUGAGAUGCUUGAAGGAGACCCGCCAUUGUCUAAUUAUGAACCUUAUGAAGCAGCUAAAUAUGUGGCAGAAGGACAGCGGCCUAUGUUCCGUGCAAAAGGAUAUAUUACUGAACUGAGAGAGUUGACAGAGCAAUGCUGGGCUGCUGACAUGAACCACAGACCAUCUUUCUUGGAAAUUCUUAAGAGGCUUGAAAAGAUCAAGGAAAUUCUACCACCGGAUCAUCACUGGAACAUAUUUACUGCAUAAUACAUGAGAGAUGACAUUUUUCAGAUAUGUAGAUGAUUAUAUUGCCAUUUCUAACAGUCACCUCCCGUAAUCCUAAGUGUGCAGAUGGAUGUAUGAAAAUACUGAACAGGUAAGCGUGACAGAGUGGCGAUGUUCAUUACUGUUUUUAGUUACAUUCUGUGUUUUUUUUCUUGAUCUUGAACCAGCUUGUCAAGGAGCCUCGUCUAAAUUAGUUUAUUAGAAAGGUACCAUCCUCUAAUCAGCAUUCCCUCUUGUUUCCACUUAAUUGUAUGCAUUAUAAUUGAUAAUGAUUACCCUCAAUGGGAUGGUAAAUAUUCUAUGUGAUAUACUAUUUUAUAAUUCUCCUCGAA